AUUGGUUUCUACAUUACAAGAUCAUGAGGACCUUUGCUCUCUUAGCGAUUUUUGUUUGCGUUUUUCUCGAUGGAAAUGUCAUAUCUCAAGUAUAUGCAACUUCUGAACCAUUCACUGAAUCAACAUCAAAAAUGAUCGAGAAAACGUGCAGCCCUAACAUGAAAUGUGGCUUCUGGAAUUCGAAGUGCCGCCAAAGAUUACUUAAGCUAUACAUACAAAAGAAAACACUCGAAGCACAACUAGCAAAAACACAAAACAUGUUAAAAACUAUUGAAAAACAUUUGACAAGGCUUUCAAAAAAAUGUCAAAAACUAACAGGAAUAAAACAAAGCUCAAAGGAGAUACAAGAGAAGGACUGUGCAGAUCUUUACAAAAAAGGUGAAAAAAAGAACGGAGUUUAUCAAAUUGAUCAUGAUGGUCAGGGUUACUUUAAGGUUUUCUGUGAUAUGACGUCAUCUGGUGGAGGUUGGACUGUGUUUCAACGUCGUCAAGAUGGAAGUGUAAACUUCUAUCGUGGUUGGAAAGACUAUAAACAAGGUUUUGGUGAUCUGAAAGGCGAGUUCUGGCUUGGAUUGGAGAAAAUAUACCGACUAACAUCAGCAAGGCGAAAUAAACUUCGUGUUGAUCUUGGAGACAUGUCAGGAAAGAAAACAUAUGCUGAAUAUGAUUAUUUUGCUGUAAAGAACGAAAAUGAAAAAUAUCAAUUGAGUCUUGCAAAAUAUUCUGAUAAGUCAAUAGGCAAAUACAAACAAUUAAAGCACAAAAUUCUAAAGGUUAAUAUGAUAAAAAUUAUAUCAUCAUUAAGUUAAAAUGCCUUGGAUGCUUGGAGUUUGCAUAAACUGAUUCACCUUUUUUGGUAAAUAUUUGUCAUAAGAACAAUAUAUUGUUUAAACU